AAGAUGGGUGAGAAGACCAGCUUCCAGUUGGGUGUGGUAGGAGCAUUGUUUCUCUCAGUGGCAUCCUCAGUCUCCAUUGUUAUUUGCAACAAAGCUUUGAUGAGCAAUCUUGGUUUCCCAUUUGCAACAACAUUGACAAGUUGGCAUCUGAUGGUGACAUUUGUUACACUUCAUGUGGCACUGAGAUUCAAUUUCUUUGAGAAUAAACCCAUUGAUAUGAAGACUGUCAUUCUCUUUGGUAUUUUAAAUGGCGUUUCCAUUGGCUUUCUCAAUCUCAGCCUUGGUUUUAAUUCUAUUGGCUUUUACCAGAUGACAAAGUUAGCAAUUAUACCUUUCACUGUACUUUUAGAAACCAUUUUCUUAAAAAAGCAAUUCAGCCGGAAUAUCAAAUUCUCUCUGUUAAUUCUACUGCUCGGAGUAGGCAUUGCAUCCAUUACUGAUCUUCAGCUCAAUUUUGUUGGCACAAUCCUCUCUCUACUAGCCAUUGUUACAACUUGUGUUGGACAAAUUCUCACAAAUACAAUUCAGAAAAGGCUCAACAUCUCAUCUACACAACUGCUGUACCAAUCAGCCCCUUUCCAAGCAGCUAUUUUAUUUGUGACGGGGCCUUUGGUGGAUCAAUUCCUUACCAAAAAGAAUGUUUUUGCUCACAAGUAUUCUAAUGUUGUGUUGGUAAGCAAAACCCUAGUCCACAUUUUUAUGUAUGUGUAUGUUCUACCUACAAAUUAUUUGUCACUGUAACAGG